GGCUUCACAUUCCGACUCAAAAGUUGCAGUGGGAAAAAAAAGUUGUGAGUGCCACGUCUACGCGUAUGGGCCGUCAGAUCCAAACGCAAGGGGCAGGCAACAAAAGAAAAGGAGAAACAUCUUAAAAGGGCGCAAUGUGUGCUGUGCUGGUUAAUUGUUUAUGUGUUUUUCAAGCGCUCGUUUUCACGUUUUUGCUGGAUUACGCCAGCAAUGCUCUGAUACCAGAGGCUGAUGUGAAAAUCGAGGUUCUGCAGAAGCCUUUCCUCUGUCACCGGAAGACCAAGCUAGGUGACUUAUUACUGCUACAUUAUGAUGGAUAUUUUGAAAAUGGGACAAUGCUUCACUCCAGUCACCGUGACAACAAUGGCCACCCAGUUUGGUUCACACUUGGGAUUAAAGAAUCGCUUAAAGGUUGGGAUAAAGGAUUGCGUGAAAUGUGUUCUGGAGAGAAGAGGAAGCUAACCAUCCCGCCAGCCCUGGCCUAUGGAAAAGAAGGAAGAGGGAAAAUUCCACCUGAAAGCACAUUGAUAUUUGAAAUUGAACUUAUUGAAAUCAGAAAUGGCCUGCGGUCCCAUGAUGCAUUCCAGGAGAUGGACCUCGACGAUGACUGGAAAUUAUCUAAACAUGAGGUGAAAGAGUACCUGCGCCGUGAAUUUAUAAAACACGGAACUGAGCAAAAUGACACACAGCAGGAUAUUAUGGUGGAAAACAUCUUUAAAAAUGAAGAUGAAGACCAAGAUGGAUACAUCUCUGCCAGAGAAUUCACGUAUAAACAUGAUGAGCUGUAAACAUGAUCAGCAUUUUUGUGAUGUACUUUGACGAUGCUGAAAAGAAUAUAAUCACUCCAUGACAAAGUAACCAAAGGUACACUCAGUGGCCACUUUAUUAGGUACACUUGCUUGUUAAUGCAAAUAUCUAAUCAGCCAAUCAUGUGGCAGCAACGCAAUGCAUAAAAGCAUGCAGACAUGGUCAAGGGGUUGAUUUGUUGUUCAGACCAAACAUCAGAAUGGGGAAGAAAUGUGAUCUUAGUGUCUUUGACCAUGGACUGAUUGUUGGUGCCAGACAUGGUGGUUUAAGUAUCUCAGGAAUUGCGGAUGGCUGGGAUUUUCACACAUACCAGUCUCUAGAGUUUACAGAGAAUGGAGCAAAAACAAACAAAAAAAAAAUCCAGUGAGCAGCAGUUCUGUGGGCAAAAACGCCUCGUUAAUGAGAGAGGUCAGAGGAGAAUGGCCAGGCGGGUUCAAGCUGACAGGAAGGAAACAAUAACUCAAAUAACCAUGCAUUACAACAGUGGUGUGCAGAAGAGCACCUCUGAAUGCCCAGCACAUUGUACCUUGAAGUGGAUUGUCUACAGCAGCAGAAGAUCACAAUGGCAUUCAUUACUGUACCUAAUAAAGUAGCCACUAAGUGCAUAAAGAUGGGUUUAAAUGUUUACAAUUAAAAUAUUGUGAUGAAUUAUUUAGAUGACAUUUCUGUUCAUUAAAAAAAUGUUUCACCUUGUGGUGUUGACAUGAAAUAAA